AGUAUAUCGCACGAACUGACGCUGCUGUGUUCCGCUUACAGAUCUGCGCACGGACGCAUGUUUUGGACGCUCGCUAGCGGACAGCGGAGAGCGCUGGAAUGAUAUUCAUGGGCGGUGGACGUAUAAAAUGACCUUUUGUAAUAACGACGAGGGCUUGGAUUUUUCGUGCUCAUCGCUGGAGUUAAUCUCUUUUUAUUACACUCUAUUUAUGUUGAUUUAGGAACUCUCCGUCGUUCGCGCAGUUUGGAUUUUCAUUCCAGAAUGGACCGCGUCAAGAGUUCCAUGCAGCAAGUCCCCAACCCGAUUCCCAAAGUGCUCAGCCGUCGCACUGGCGGUGCCAACAGUUUGGAAGUUGAAAAGGAAAACUUCGAGCGUAAUCAGGCUGUGAGCAUAAACAAAGCCAUCAACACACAGGAGGUUGCUGUCAAAGAGAAGCAUGCCAGGACGUGCAUAUUGGGCACGCAUCAUGAGAAGGGGGCUCACACAUUCUGGCUUGCUGUCAACCGCCUGCCCCUCUCCAGCAAUGCAGUGCUCUGCUGGAAAUUUUGCCACGUCUUCCAUAAACUGCUGAGGGACGGCCAUCCAAACGUUAUUAAGGACUCCAUGCGGCACAAGGCUGACCUGAAUGACAUGAGCAGGAUGUGGGGUCAUCUGAGUGAAGGCUAUGGCAAGUUGUGCAGCAUCUACCUCAAACUGCUCAUCACCAAAAUGGAGUUUCACAUCAAAAAUCCUCGUUUCCCAGGCAACCUUCAGAUGUCAAACAGACAGCUCGAUGAGGCGGGUGAGAACGACGUCAAUAAUUUCUUCCAGUUGACAGUGGAGAUGUUUGAUUACUUGGAAUGUGAGCUGAACCUUUUCUUGGGCGUGUUCAGCUCGUUGGAUAUGUCUCGCUCCGUGUCGGUGACGGCAGCGGGUCAGUGUCGUCUGGCCCCUCUUAUCCAGGUCAUAUUGGACUCUAGUCAUUUGUAUGACUACACUGUCAAACUGCUCUUCAAACUCCACUCCUGUCUGCCAGCAGAUACUCUGCAGGGCCACAGGGAUCGCUUCCAGGAGCAGUUUAAGAAACUGAAGAGUCUGUUCUAUCGCUCCAGUAACCUGCAGUAUUUCAAGAGACUGAUUCAGAUCCCACAGCUUCCUGAGAAUCCACCAAACUUCCUGCGGGCGUCAGCCCUCUCCGAGCACAUCAGUCCAGUGGUGGUGAUUCCAGUGGAGUCUUCGUCCCCUGAGAGCGAACAUGUUGUAGAAACAGAAGACCUGGUGGACACGGACAUCCCACCUUUACCGAGCGCUGUGGACAGCAAAUUUGACGACCUCUUUGGCACCUCAGCCGCUACAGACCCCUUCAACUUCAACAGUCAGAACGGCAUGCGCAAAGAUGAGAAAGACCGUUUGAUUGAGCAGCUCACAGCGGAGCUACAGGCCCUGAAAGAGGAGCUGGAGUCCUUCAGAUUGGAGAGUGGGCGUCUUUGUCAAGCACUACGGGGGCGUGUGAACGAGCUGGAGGCGGAGCUUGCGGAGCAGACCCACCUGAAGCAGCAGGCGUUGGGUGAGAGCGAGUUCCUGAGGGCGGAGCUAGACGACCUGCGCCGGGUCAAAGAGGACACAGAGAAAGAGCAGCGCAGCCUGAGCGAAAUCGAGAGAAAAGCACAAGCUAAUGAGCAACGCUACACCAAGUUAAAGGAGAAAUACACAGAGCUGGUCCAGAGCCACGCUGACCUGCUAAGAAAGAAUGCUGAGGUGACGCGUCAGAUGACGGUGGCCCGUGCUGCCCAGGACGAGGUGGAGAAUGUAAAAAAAGAGAUGCAGGACAAAUUGAAAGCCGCUCAGGAUACUGCCAGUCAUCAGGAGAAGGCUCAGUUAGAGCAGCUUCAAGCUCUACAAGCUGAGCUCAUGUCCAGCAGAUCUGAACUAGAGACCCUGAAGAGUACCGUCACCUCCUCCCAACAGUCAAACGACCAGCUCAGUACUCAGCUGUCUGCGCUAGAGGCUGAGAAGGUGGGGCUUAUGGAGACUGUAUCUAAGAAGGAGGCGGAGCUGGCCAAUUUGGGGGUGGAGUUAGAGCGUGUACAGAGCAGUCUGACCAAUGAAAGGGAAAGUGGUGUGAAAGCUGCUGAGUCCUUGCAAAACCAACUCAACGAGAAGGAGAGUCGUGAGCAGGCUCUAGAGAGCGAGUUGGUCACUCUGCGCUGGGCGGCUCUGCGGGCAGCACUUGAAGAGGCGGGGAGGAUCGUACAGGACAGCCUGAAUCAGCUAGAGGACCCCGCGCACAUCAGCUGCACCAGUUCAGCUGAUUACCUGGUGUCCAGGUGCCAGGUGGCCGUGGAUUGCGUGGAGAGGCUGCGGUCGGCCAGAGACGGCUUUGUAUCAGAUAACACAGAUGUGUCUGGACUGGUGCGGGCAGUGACUCAGUUCGCUCACCUGGUGGGCGAUGUCAUCGUGCAGGGCAGCGCCACCUCCCACAUGGUGCCGGUGGAGCAAGCUGACGCAUUGGCAGACAACGUGAAGGCGUGUGGCGCGGAGGCCCUGGCGUUGCUCUGCCAACUCAAGGAGCAGGAGUCUAUGGGGACGGCAGACUGCAGCCGGCUGAGGGCGGCACUGGAUACCGUGAUGGUCUUGGGCGAGAAGUUGCGUCCUCGGGGUCUGGAGUUGCAGCAGGGGGAGCUGGGAGAUAUGGUGGAGCAAGAGAUGGCAGCCACAUCGGCAGCUGUGGAGUCGGCGGCCGCCAGGAUUGAGGAAAUGCUCAAUAAGUCCAGGGCGGUUGACACUGGAAUCAAAAUGGAAGUCAACGAAAGGAUCUUGGCGUCCUGCACGGAUCUCAUGCAGGCCAUCAAAGUGCUGGUGCUGUCCUCCAAAGACCUGCAGAGGGAUAUCGUGGAGAGCGGAAGGGGGGCUGCAUCUAUGAAGGAGUUCUACGCCAAGAAUUCCCGAUGGACGGAAGGUCUCAUUUCCGCCUCUAAGGCUGUGGGCUGGGGCGCCACCAUGCUGGUUGAUGCAGCUGAUCAGGUGGUGCAAGGCAAGGGCAAGUUUGAGGAGCUGAUGGUGUGUUCGCAUGAGAUCGCCGCCAGCACGGCUCAGCUGGUCGCAGCGUCUAAGGUAAAAGCAGACAAGGGCAGUUCAAACCUGUCCCGUCUCCAGCAGGCCUCCAAGGGGGUCACCCAGGCCACCGCAGGGGUCGUGGCAUCAACCAAGUCCGGCAAGUCUCAGAUCGAGGACACAGAAACUAUGGACUUUUCCACAAUGACACUCACUCAGAUCAAGAGGCAAGAGAUGGACGCACAGGUGCUGGUGCUGGAGCUGGAGACCCGGCUGCAGAAAGAGAGAGAGCGACUGGGUGAACUGAGGAAGAAGCAUUACGAGCUCGCUGGCGUCGCAGAGGGCUGGGGAGGGGAGGAAGAGGGAACGGGUUGAGACUCGUCGUGUUUGGUGCAGCAGCCCUACAGACGGGGAGCUUGACGUCUUUAUAUACACACUAUCUUUCCCUUCUCCCUUUUUAUUGUACUUUUUAACUCUUUUGAUUUCUCUAUUGUACAUUAAAGCCAAAUAAAAGGUGCUUUUUUUUCUAACCUGCUCCCUCCCCUGCCCAUGGAGUCUGGAGGCGUGAGGAGUGUGCCGAUAUCGUGACGAACGGGGAGGGAGAGGAAGGAAGUGGAUGGCACACCACCUAGUGGACAGAGAGGGAAGUGCAGGCUCGCUGAACUGUCUGAGUAUUUCAUGUCCUCUUCCUCCUUAUACGGAACGGAGAACCUUCCCCAUGUAGAGCAGUCCCGUCUCCCCGUCAGACAUCCCACGAUGCAUUGCACAAGGGUGAGUCACCCCAUUUUGCAGGAAAUGACACUCUGCUGUGACCCUUCCGGACUCAAGUUUUACGAACAGCAGCAGUGUGCGACUUCCGCCUCUCAAACGCAUUCCUUAAGGUCGCGUAGGAUCGCCCUCGUCUGGGUCCGUCCUUCCCUAGUCGCCCCUAGCAGUGGUCACUGGACUAAAAAGAGGAAUAGAUGAUGACCUACUGUGGACUAACACCUGAAAACACUAGCAAACUCAACCAAGACUCACUUUUUCUGUACCAUGUUAAGCUUUCCUUUGAUUAUGUUCCCGAGGCAUUAAUUUUAUAAGAAAACCUUAAUAGAUUUAAUCCACUGGCUUUUUACUGUUCCACCAUGUUGGCUUUUAGGGACGAACUGCUAAAUAGCUCAUCUAACGUAUGAUAUUUCAGCAAAACUGUGUCUUGAUGCGUUUCACCAGUUUCAAGUCCAUGACUGAAUAUGAACUGACUGUUUUUGUGAGACCUCACGUUGGGCUAGAGCUCAUUGUUUUUGUUUUAAUAGCUUUGUUUAGGUCAUAAUUUCGUCAGCACAGGUAGAUACGGCACCAUAUUGUAUUAGUAACGGUCCAUAAAACGGUCCCGUGCGGUUUACACGCUGUUAAAAUGACAGUACCUGUUAAUUCCUGUUGUCUUCUUCCAGCUCCGCAUACGCGUACCCCUUCACACGGAGGCGAGGAGAGACAUCCGUGCCUUCCAAAAGGGAAAAAGGGUCACAUUCCCUCAAAAAGACCUUUAAAAUCGUGAUCUGGGUAGCAUUAGGACAGUAUUUUUAAAAAUGUAGUUUGGUAUUUUGCGAACUGAGAUCAUGAAAUUAGUAGAGUGUGGGGUGAGAACAGAUAGCCAUCCCUGUGUUCAACUCUGGUGUGUUUUGUUUGGAUUUUCAAGAUUCCGUUUUCCAACUGGAUGUAUGAAACAAAGAAGAAAUGGUAUGGAGCUCUUAAGGUGACAUGGUGAUGGAAAAAAUGAGAGAAAAUUUUACUGUUGAAUUCUCUUGGAAAACUGCCUUCGUUCACAAAUCUUUUGCGUUCACUCACAAAAGCACAGAAAUAUCAUUUUUAUUUCCACCUCAUAUUUUCAUCACAGCACAAACACAAAAGAUUCUCUAGGAAACGCAAAAGCUUUGAGAGAGAAUGCAAAGCUUCUCGAAGGAAAUCCAAAGGUUUUGCGAAAAAGCGCAAAGUUUCUUUAGGAAGCGCAAAAAUCUUGCAAGAGAACACAAAGUUUCUUGGGGAAAUGCAGGUUUUGCAAUUGAUUGCUAAUAUACUGAGGGAACACAAAAAUUUUGUGAGUGAAUGUAAAGUUUCUUAAAAACGCACAUGUUUUGUGAGAAAAUGAAUUUCUUUAGGAAAUGCAAACAUUUUUUUUAAAAUUUGGAAGGAACAGUUUCUUGGGAAACGCGUGUUUUUGAAUUGAAUGCAAAUAUAUUGAAGGAACACAAACAUUUUUUGAGCGGAUGUAAAGUUUCUUCGAGAAAAACUAAAGUUUUGCAAGAAAACGCAAAGUUUCUCUAGAAAAUGCAAAAAUUUAGCACAUUUUGCAAGCGAACACAAAGUUUCUUGGGGAACGCAAAUAUAUUGAGGGAAUGCAAAAAUUUUGAGCAAGUACAAAGUUUCUUGAGAAAAACAUUUUGUGAGGAAGCGCAAAGUUUCUUUAGAAAAACAAAAUUAUUUAGCAUGUUUUGCAAGCGUUUCCUGGAAGAACAGGUUUUGCAGUUGAAGAAAAAAUGUAAAAGUUUUGCUAGGAAACGCAAAGUUUCUCUAGGAAACGCAAAAAUUGUGCAAGUUUUGCAAGCGAAUCCAAAGUUUCUUGAGGAAUGCAGGUUUGCAAUCAAACGCAAAUAUUGAGGGAAGUUAAAUUUGUGAGCGAAUGCAAACACAAAUUUUAUAUAUUUGAACACAAAUAUAUUAAGGGAACACAAUUUUGUAAGUACAAAGUUUCUUGAGAAAAAAGCAACAUUUUGCGAGAAAGCGCAAAUUUUCUUGUGAAAAACGCAAACAUUUUGUACGUUUUGGAAGCGAACACCGUUUCAUGAGAGAACAAGUUUUGCAGUUGAACGCAAAUAUAUUUAGGGAAUGCAAAAAUGUGAGAAAAACACAAAAAUUUUGCAAGUUUUGCAAGCAAACAAAGAUUUCUGGGAGAACAGGUUUUGCAAUUGAACGCAAAUAUUUUGAGGCAAUGCAAAAAGUUUUUCUUGAUGCAACAUGCACCGUUUUCUGAGAUAACACUAGAAACUUCUGGGAUAACAAUAAGUUUACAAUUGAAUGCAUAUUUAUUGAGGGAAUGGAAAAAUUUUGAGUGAAUGCAACAUUUCUUGAGAAAAACGCAACAGUUUUGCGAUAGUGCAAAGUUUCUCUAGGAAAAUAAUUUUGCAAGAGAAGUUUUGCAAGCUAACACAGAGUUUCUUGAGGAAUGCAGGUUUCGCAAUCAAAUGCAAAUAUUGAGGGACCGUAAAAAAAUUGUGAGCGAAUGCAAAGUUUCUUGAGAAAAACGCAAAAGUUUUGCAAGGAAGAGCAAAGUUUUCUAGGAAAUAAAUUUUGCAAGAGAUGUUUUGCAAGCGAACACAGAAUUUCUUGGAGAAUGCCGGUUUUGUGAUCAAACGCAAAUAUAUUGAGGCAACUCAAAAAAUUUGUGAGCAAACGCAGUUUCUUGAGAAAAACUCAAACAAAGUUUAUUGGGGAACGCAGAAGUUUCCAGAGCGAACGUUAAUAUAUAUAAAAAAUUUCUCCCAACUUUUCCAUCACCAUCUCUUUUUAUAAGCGCCGUAAAAUGGGCAAAAAUUAAUUUUAAACACAUUUUGCUUAAAAAAAUUAAGUCUGUUUUAUAGUUAUAUAUAUUUCUCAUUAUAUACAGUACAAAUAUUACCAUGACGUAUACAUACUUUCAGUUGUACUUUACAAUUUAAAUUGUCGUUUUAUUUAUAGUAAUAUCUUAAUUUCAAAUGAAUUUAACAGAAAUAUUUACUCACACACAUACAUACAUAUAUAAAUAGGCUUAAUUUUCUUUACGCAAAAUACAAUAUUCAUUUUUGGGGGGAUGUUUAGUCAUUUCUUGACCAUUUUCAUGAGAUUCACACAAAAUGGAGAUACAUGAAGAAUGUAAGUAAACUGUUUUGGGUUGAAGAGGUCUGUCCACUUCUGUCAAAGCAAUGUUAGACCACAUAGCCUUGUAGACCACCACUGUCUGCCAGCAGCACAGCUCUCACCAGGGCUCACAGGGACUUGCAGUCUUGUAGUCAUCUACAAACCAGGGUUACCUCAACUUCUCCACAAACUACCAGUCAGUAACUACAAAAGAGAAAAUGAUUGAGUUUCGGCUCCUGUAGACUCAAUAUGAACAUGCGUUGGCUAAACCAUGAGUGCGUGUGUGCGUGUGUGUUCUUUAAUACUAAUAUAACGUGUGUUUGGGUGGAUGCUGUGUGACUGAGAUAUGAUAUACUGUAUAUCCCUUAUGUUGUUAUGUCUUAAUAUCCUCAUAUUGUUUCACUCGUUGCACUGCUUUGGCUGUUUUGUUAAGUUGCGACACUGGGUAUUUAAUUUCUGUUUUUUCGGAGUGUCAUCAUCACCUCCGGUAAUGGUUUAUUUCACCGUUUAGAUUCGGUUGUCUAGUCUUACCAGCUCAGCCAGCCUUUAAACUGCCUCUCACUUUUGUUAAUGGAAAAAAAAAUAAAAACAAGACCGCUCAGUAACAUUUUGGAGAAUAUCUUUGUAUGAUAUAUACUAAAACUAUGUGUGUGGGUUUGUUUUAUUUUUCAGUUUUUAAAUAAAUAUUUCACUCAUUGAUAUAAUCAA